AUGGCUUCAGAGGAGGACGACGCUCUUCUGUCUCUCAUCUACCAACACCUGAAGAGCAGCGGGUUCAAGAAAGCGGCGAAAGUUCUGGAAAAACACGUUUCUCAGGUGAGGGUCCGAGCUGGGUCUUCAGGGUUUACUGCUGUCUUCAGUGAGGAGCAGACACGAGGAGAUGUCUGUCUCCAUGAUCGACUCUAAAUGAGGGUUUUAAAGGGUUCCUGCAGACUGAGAGAGGACAGAGAGGUCUGACAUGUUGCAUAAGAAUAUGAAUUAAAUAUAAAUAUGAGUGCAGAGACUGUUUCUGCUUCACCUUCCCCCUCUCUCUGCAUGUGUGAGUGUGUUCGUGUGUGUGUUUGAGCACAUGGCUCCUUACUCCGGCCUCCUGCAGGGAAAGAACAUAAUGUUACAGGAGCUGCAUGGCUGCUGCAGGCCCAAACCUUCACACAUUUAGCUGAAUUUAGAGAUUAAAACUGUCAUUUCUGUUUCUAAAAGUGCUGGAGCUGAAACUAACACCAGUUUAAUUAGUUUGUCCAUCAACAGAAAAUUACUAUGAUUCAUUUUACAGGUUAAAGUUUAGAGAAAAACAGUUACGUUUGAGUAUUUAGGGGGAUUAUGGACUUUUAAUUUGAAAUUUAUAACAUUACAGGAAGCUAAUCUAUCUAUCUAUCUAUCUAUCUAUCUAUCUAUCUAUCUAUCUAUCUAUCUAUCUAUCUAUCUAUCUAUCUAUCUAUCUAUCUAUCGCACUGUGCUCCUGUUUUUACUAUUUACAGAUUAAGACAAACUAUCAAUACUAUUUUCCAUUUUGAGUUGAGUAUACUCCAAGUUUUGAGUAUGGAAGUAUAAGAUUUGGGACACACCGUAAGUCUAUGUUAGAGCUCCUAGUGUGGAUUUUGGCGCCUCCUGUGGACAAAACCGUACCUUUAGUUUUCUUUCUGAUUUAGUCCCGUUCAUGAAGUUAUUAGUGUUAUAACCAGAAUAAUCACACCCUGCUUAAUUUUAAAAGUCUGACUAACAAUCUUUAUGAAUGAAAAUGCGAUAAAAUGUGUUUUAAUCACGAAGACUAGGCUAGUGGUUUUAGCCGCUAAAAAUUACCACAGAAAUAGUUUAAAACCAAAAGCUGAUGGACAAUUGUUCCGUGUCCGCUGAAGUCCUCAGCGUGGAUCUUUGUAAUGAAAUCAGUCUCACUCAGAAGCUUUAAGGAUCUGCUGCGUUGAUGGUUCUUAAAGGAUUCGAUUGGAAAAGACUCAAAACUCGACUGUAAAGCCAGAAACGUUCAAACACAGCAGAUGUGAAAACCUUUGGGGAACUCAUUGUGUUUCUUGGCGCUCUUUCUUUCUUCUGGGGCGCCGCUUUGGCGUAGCAGUCAAAGAGCGCCUCACAUACAGAGGCUGAAGUCCUCUCCUCUCUGACCCUUGGCUUCGUGUCCCCCCCGCCCUCCACUCCCCUGUCUCUCAUCAGCCGGUCCAUCUAAGGAAGGCGGAGAUGUCCUGAAAAGUCAAAGUUCAGUAUUUUUGAGUCUGGAUGAAACUUGAGCCGCUCUAAAGUGUUUGAUUUAAAAUACCGCCAUCCAAACAGAGUUUAAAGGGAUAUUUCAGUUACUUGUCACUAUGAAAUGCCUGGGUGGGGGUCUGUUCAGCCGUCUGAUUAGAACCUGUUGGGAGAACAAGCGCGCAAGCUAGGCGGGUUGAUUCUGACGUGUAGUUCAGCUGAUUUUGAGCCUGAAUUGUUGUUUUUCACCAAAAGGUCAAAACUCUAAACUACCUUCCCUGUCAUUUGUCCCACAGACGUCUUGUUCUGUAGACGUCAGUCCAGAAUAACUCUCUUUAUCCCGAGUCUGUCAUUGAUAGUCAAACGGCGGCAGAGAUUCAUUUCCUGGAGCAUCAGAGAGCGGGCAGACCUACACCACAGGAAAUGAGCUCUUUCCUUUGAGCUCACCCUUUUCUUCUCUGUCCUACAGCGAUCUUAAUCGGCUUUUCAGGAGUGCGGUCCAACCCCGUCAGUGCCGGUCCAGAACAUCUCUGUCUGUGAUGAUUUUUGUCUGAACACAUGGUUGAAAUCGAAUGUUGUUUGUUCACUUAACUCACAGUUAUUGUUUUUUAUUUAAAGGUGGAAACUUCUGAGGAGAGCUCCAACCUUCAUGAGAUCUACACAGGCUGGAUGAAGUAAGUCCGAAAUUCUCAGAUGGACCAGAAAGAUCAAAAACAAACACUUUUUUGUAGCAAAAAAGGGAAGAAAACAGUCGGAAAAAAGGUCAAAUCAGACAGAGUUAAAGAGAUAUUCCGGUGUAACAUUAAUCUAGGGUCAAACACACCGUAACACUGAGUUUAUGAUCAUUUCUUUAUCAUUUCCUUGAAGUAAUAAUCACCAUAUUAAUCAUUUUACAGUCUUAGCGUCUCGGUCUGAUUGUAUUUCCAUGAAGAAAUGAUCAUAAAUGUUCUUCCUUGAGCUGCGGCACCCCGCUGUAGUCCAUAAUGGACUGGUCUGAGGUCUCGCUACCCUAUAUGCUAUUGUCUGUCUAUGUCUGUGACCCUAUAUGUCCUGUUGAUGAAGUUAGGUGCUGUUCUGAGCAUUAUUUGUGGCUAUAGAGUGGCGUUUUGGUUGGGGCGUGGCUCUCUGUAUUUCUAUCCUGCGGUUGUUACUAAAGUUGGUAUAACUAGAGAAGCAAGCGGUCGACAACAUUCAUCUCUGGAGGCGGGGUCUAACUCGGUGUUACAGUGUGUUUGACACUAAAUUAAUUUAACUCCAGAAUAUCCCUUUAAUGUAACAUGGAUAAACUGUGUAACUGCUAAGUCAGGCUAACUUCAGAAGAACGUUUGGUCCUCCUCACAGGUUAUCAUGUCCGUGCUGGUAAAGUGAUAACUUCAUAUCCUGAUUCGAUGAUGUUCAAAACUUUGAUUUAUGACCUUUUAUGGACUGAGAGUUGACUCAAGGUUCUGCACAUGCUCAGUAGUUUACACACUGUCCGUUGACCAGGAAGUAUAACAGCAUAAAUGUGACAUAGGAAGCAACACCUGGAUAGAAGAGACCCGGGUCAAGGAGAGUAGUCCAACUGAAGACGGUCCUCGCCUCUUUAAACUGGACUAAAGACCCAAAUACAGAUCUGACUUAGUCUAAAUUUUCAAUCUGUCCCCAAAGUUUCAUCAUCAUUCAUUCAUUCAUUCAUUCAUUCAUUUCAUACUCUGGUGUUUCUUGGCUUCAGCCUCCUGGAGUCACAGACUCAGCUCAGUCUGGACUGGAGACUCCAAACGGACCCAGAACAGGAUGUUAGUACAGGUCUCUGUGAAUGGCCGGUUGGCCCUCUGCCCGGUGCACCCUGGGAUUUGGCUCCCGACUCCUGCCACCCUGAAAGGAUUAAAUGUGCUGCAGAUGAAUGAGUGAAUGAAUGAGUGAAUGACUUCAGCUCAUGCCUGUGAUUCCCCUCACUCUGAAAUCAUUGAAAUCAGAGACGACAGGAGCUGCAGACGCUUUAUCAACCGUCUGAAAACCUUUUUUUAAUCCUUGAACCUCUUUAAAAAGUUCCCCUCUCACUGUCUCAGUCUAAAAACUCAUUUUAACCUUUUUAAAAUAGAUAAAAUCGACUUUUUAAACACGUUUGUUCAGGUGUGUGCGUUCGAGUGGAGCUUAUUUCUGCAUACCGACACAUUCCUCUGUCAGGACGAUUUUCUCUGCUUGAGAAGUUUGUCGACACUCAGACUUCGACACGUUUGACGGAUUUGACCUGUUUUCACCAAACUCAAAACUACUGAACUUAAAGUUAAAUCCACAUUUAUGUACCAGAACCGAGUCAGAACCGUCAGUUAUUACUCAAGAAAUCAGACUCGUGCCAAGAGAAAUAUUCAGAGUCCUCUUGAGGCGCUUCGUUCUUGAAAAUCUUGACUCCAGUAUUUCUCGAUCUCAAUCUAAACAAGGACAAAAUCAAGUGUUUGCUUGUGUUUGUUUUAGGUUGUGCUCUCUGGCCAAGCAGGAGACCGAUGACUCCACAACUCUGAAGAAGAAGAAGAGGAAGAGCAUCAAAGCAGAACCUGAAGAGGACGUGGACCUCAAACCGUCUGGAGAGGAGAACCAUGUGGACGUCAAACCUCCAUCAGGUAACUUUCCUUUAAGUCAAUUACUGUCCGAGUUUUUCAGGAAGUUCUGUUUUGAUUUCUACGUUUGGAUGAUUUUGGAGUUUUAAAGACGGACACUAAACCUUUAUUUAUGCUUCUUCUUUAGAUUCAGUGACAGAAGCUGAGACGAAGUCGGAGCAGCUGCAGAAUCCUGGAGAUGAAACCAAAACAACAAACUGUGACGGUAAAGAAGAAAAGGAGGAGGACAAGGAGGAGGAGGAGGAGACACAAACAGAGUUAGAGGUGAGCAGAUCCACUCCCAUCAGGGUCUUCAGAGACCUUCAUGCAGCUCUGAGUUGAUCCUCCUGCAGCCACCAAACAAAAGCUCCCAAAGAAGUCUGACCCUGAUCCGGUCUGCCUUCACGCUGUCUUCAAGUUCUUGCCAUCUUAGCGCAGCACACGCUGUUCUUCAAUCAACAAAGAGCAGCUGUUGACCCUCCCAGCCCGCCAGGAGAGGAGGCUGGCACUCUGACCGAGAGUGAAAAACAACGAGCCGACAGUCACGGCUGA